GCAAAUUCGUGGGUUUAGACAGCCCGAGGUUUUUAAAAAUGGAAAAACAAGUACGACCUGUGUUUACUUUAGAAUUGGGUCAUAAAAUUUUGCCAGGUCUCGUGACUAUUGGAAAAUACGAUGGCACACAUCCUUGUUUAACUGCUGCCACAAAUACCGACAAAGUGUUAAUUCACAGUCCUCAUCGUAAAAACACCUCAUCUGUUGGCAAAAUCAUCCAAUCAGAGUCUAACAAAGAGAUUGCUAUCCUUAACAUAAACCAAGCCAUCACCGCUCUGGUGACAGGAUUAUUAAUACCAAACGAAGAUAAAGAUAUUUUGAUAAUUGGAACCCCAACAAAUUUGCUAGUCUACCAUGUUCACGAUAACAAAGACAUUUUUUACAAGGAAUGUGAAGAUGGCGUACGAUCAGUCACAAUUGGAACUUUUAAAAACUUCAAAACACCCGUUGUUUUGGUUGGUGGAAAUUCUUCAAUUCAUGGAUAUGACCAUAAAGGCAAUGACGUAUUUUGGGUGGCCAUUGGUGACAUGAUAACUUCUAUGAUUCUCAUGGACUAUGACAAAGAUGAUACUAAUGAGUUAAUUGUUAGUUCAGAAGAUUAUAACAUCAGAAUCCUCAAAGGCGACAAAAUAGUAACAGAACAUAAUGAAACCGAAGUAGUAUCUGGCCUAAUAGCGUUGCCAGAUCAAAAGUUUGCUUAUUCCGUAUCUAACGGCACUGUAGGAGUUUAUGAAAAGGAUAUAAGGCUCUGGAGGGUCAAGUCAAAAAACUUUGCAGUUGCCAUGCACGAAUAUGAUUUACUCGGCCAAUCAUCCACUCAGUUAAUAACAGGCUGGUCAAAUGGAAAAGUAGACUGUAGGAUUAUGAAAUCUGGUGAAGUUUUAUUUAAGGAUUCAAUGUGCGCUGGAGUAGCUGGGAUAGUUGAGGGUGAUUACAGAUCAAUGGGAAAAACUGAUUUGAUAUGCGUUUCAACCGAAGGAGAAGUCAGAGGCUAUACGACAACAAAGACGAUGACAGGAGGAAAUUCGAGUGUCGAACAAAAUACUAUCGAAAAUCUUUUAUCACAAAAGCAAGCUCUUUUAAUGGAAUUGAAGCACUAUGAAAAUAACGUGAAAUAUAACUCCAAUGCUUCAAAUGAAACCGAAAGUUAUGAAGCAAGUGGAGUUAUUCCUUCUAAUACUAGAUUACAAGUUGUAGUUAGUACUAGUAAUGGGGAAAAAGGACAAAAGCCACGUAUUGAAUUAUAUAUUUGUACAAACAAUUCCACCAUUAUCAAAGCAGUUAUUAUUUUUGCCGAAGGCAUAUUCAAGGAUGAAAGUCACGUUAUACAUCCGGAAACAUCAAAAUUAUCUUCUGAUAUGUUAAUACCUCUUUAUUUACCAAGAGAUAAUCCAGUUGAUAUACAUUUGAAGGCUCUUAUUGGAUAUCCGAGUAGCAUUCAGUUUCACGUUUUUGAGGUGACCAAGCAGCUACCAUGCUUUUCUAUGUACGCAAUAAAGGACGCUCUAGAUGCAGCAAACAAGCCUAAAGGUCAUGUUCAAUUUAGAAUUAACGAGCGACUACAAAGGAUUUGCAUGUGGAUCAAUCAAAAUUUCAUAUUUCCUACCGAAAUUGAAGUUGAAUCUGAACCUAAUUUAGUUGUAAAUAUACAAUGUUUGAGGGACAACACUGAUUUGAUAAUGGAAUUUGAAAUAUCUGGAAAAGUCACCCUUUUUACGGACAAUAUGUUUUUGGCUGCCGACUUAAUCCAAUCGCUAUCUGGUUAUUUAAAAUUGGAAAAUUUAGAGUCCAAAGCAUCAUUUGUACAGGAAGAAUCCAACCUGAAACACCUAAUGCAAAAGCUCAGCGAUAUUCAAGAAGCUAGAUUGAAGCUGGAUACUGAUGUUGCUGAUAGGCUAGGUCAAAUAAGGAAUUUGAUAAUCAGGGCUGAAGAUAGCAGGAUAAAUGAUGUUAAAGAAAUGAUGGAUCAUUAUCAUGAAUUGAACAAAGUGAACAAAGAACUAAUAAACGGCUACAACAUUAAAACUCAAAACUACAACGAAGGCAUAGAAACCAUGAAGAAAAUUAACAAUAUUAUCCAGAAAGCUUCUAGGUUACGAGUCGGACAGAAUUCGGCAGUUAUGAUUAACCAUUGCAGAAAUGCUAUAAAAAAUAAUAACAUUGAAGGUCUAAUAAGAAUAAUUCGUACAGGAGAACUUUAAAGUGAAACAACAAAUAGAAAUUAUAUUUUUGCAAGAUGUAAAUGAAAUUAGAAAAAGAAAAUAUAGUUAUUGAAAGCAUUGUAUAAUUUGUUUGAAUUGACGUUCUAGUUUUAUCAGUCUGACUUACUAUUUACAUCUUACUAUGGCGAUAGCACUAUACAACAAAAACUCGCAUUUUAUCUUAUCUAUUCUAUUUACUAUUGUCUAACUUAAAAAUCUAAGGUAUGCAUACACAUCAUUGAAGUAAGUGCUAAUACUAACUAAAUAAACAAAAAAAAAAUAGGAUAGAGUUUCAAAUAAAAAAAUAAAUAGUUAUCAACAGUGCGCUUCUUAUCUAGAACACAUAAGUUUUAUGGCAGCUUAGAGAAGAACACAUCAGAUCUAAACACAAUAAUAAAUUAUAGUGUCAUAAGUAGCAAUUAUUAUUCUUUUAGUGCUAAAAUUAAUAAAUGAGAAAACCCUACUUAAACACAUUGAAGCUUUUAAACUUUUAACUAUUUUUUUUCAGCAAUUAAAUAUUAUUACUAUUAUAGUUAGCUGUCAAAAUUUUCCUAUCUACAUCUGGCCACACACCCAACACGAAAGUUUCGAUAUCACAUUCAUUGGUGCCUCGAGCAAUUCUGAAAUAUCCGUUUUCA